AUGGGAAAACUGGGGGUAUCGCAGAUGCUGAGGUCAAGCGUUGUGCUGGCUCUCAUGUUGCUUGCCUCCUCCACACUGGCGCUAUCGGGUGUCGGAGAACAUGUUGGUGCUUUGUUUGUCUACAGGCUGUCAGUAAAAGAUGGCAGAUUGGUCUCAGAGGAGCGUGUAAAUUGUACGUCCCUCCCGGGUGAAGCUGGGUUGGUGAAAGAGAGCCUGUGUUCCACCGGAGUGGGAAGGCUUGUGCGCGGCCUGCUCCUCAUUGACCUCCGCGCUCCGCCGGGUAUCAGCCACGGUUUUGAUGUCGAGUUGCGCGAUUUUGCGUCACUGAGUCAAUGUGUGCGGAGUUGCACCAACGGAGGCGUAGGUCUCUUGUUUGAUCAGAAGGCCAUAAAUAAUAGUGAAACUGGUCCCCCAGCAGUGCUGGGGUUGCAUGUGGGUUCACCCUGCUGUGGGGAGGGCUACGCAGUGUUUGUGCUGGAUGUCUCCGCACGCAAGAUAGCCCAAUACGAGGUGUGGUCGCCGAGCCCCCCGGAAAACUUCGUGUUUGAUUGCCAAGUCUGGCAAAUAAACCAGAUGCCUUUUGGAGGUGCCUAUAUGGGGUUAGGGCUUAUUUUUCCUGUGGGGCUGUACUUGUGUGAUGUGCCCGUGUCCAACAUCGUCAGUGAUAUCGACGACCGCAUUCUCGUGGGGUUGCUGCAGGCGGAGAUAAGCGUGACAGAGGCCGUCGAGGGUAUUUUUUUCCCUCGUGAAGUGCUCACAGGCAUCUCUGGGUGGAUCGCCAGCAAACCUAACUCGGAGACGUCGCUGCGCGACGCUGGGGCCUGCUCCUUCCAGAAGCAAAUAACAACCCUCACGGAGACGCCGAAGGAACAACUCGUUUGCAAAGUGCCCAACCUGCUCAAGGGUUUAUUGCCGGUGUUAAAAAUCGUAGUGAAACUCUGUAUUGACCACACGCAGACAAAAUUUAGUGAGUCUUCCCUUUUUGUGGACCUCAACCAGAUGGUCGACCGGGAGGGGCAUUUGCGUCUAAACUCUUCCGGCUCCAUCAGCGCCGCGCUGAAGGAUUCCAACAAUGCUGUGGAAAUGCCAAAAGUGGUGAUUGGGGUGUUGUUCAUUCGGGACCUGGUUAUUUCCUUCGCACGCAACCCCAGCUUCUCACCACCGACGGCUGGGCUGCCGCUAGUGGAAAUGCAUGCAUCAAACUUCAACUCGGAUGGCUUCUUCCCCGGAAUGAAUGCGUCACGUAAGGAGUCAAUAGCGUGUGUCUUGCCGAAGCAAUGUGGGAGGGGCGAAUACUACUUUCCGAGUAUUGACCGUUGCGGCGCCCCACCCGAUUGCGGCUCAUUCCUUCCCUACCGGUACAACACGGAGACUCUGCGCUGCGAGAUCAAUAUAAAACUGGCUCUGAUCAUCUUUGCGCUGAGCUCUUUAUUUAUUCUGACGGAUGUGGCGCUGCUGCUGAUGCGACGCCACAUGGAAAAGCUGCUGAGGACUCUUGCAGAGGAAGAGCUGGCGCAGAAGGUGAAGUGA